AUGUCACAGGUCAUACAAAACCACGUCUUGCGUGUUGGACAGACCGUGUGUGUUUCCUCGCAGGAGGAAAGCAAGAGCUUGCACCCAGUGGGGUACCCGGGCUGCUCCGCGCUGCCGAUGAAGUACGCCUACUACUCAACGGAGGGCUGGGCUGACCCAUCUGCGAUGGUGCACGCCAAUGCACGCCUGCUUCCCGGCGGAGGGCUGUACGGAGCCCACCCCGUGUUUGAGCACGUGGCUGCUCAUGCCCAGGGGAAGGGGCAGCAGGAUACCUCUUUGGAGAGACCCGCUGGCCCCUAUCAGCUAAAGGAGGAGGAGGACAACACUGGCACGGAUCCUGAGGCUCACCUGGUGUCUCCUACCUUGGACAUAUCAAUAGAGAGUCUCAACCAGCUGAUCCUAGAAAUCGAUCCGACCUUUCAGCCGCUCACGUGCAAGCCGGUGAAGGAUGCGGUCCAACCUGCUUCUCAGGGUGACGCCGCUGCCACCAGGAAGCAAGAUCCGGAGGCAAUAGACAUUAAAUACAUAGAGAUGACGCCAGGCAGAGCCGUAUGUCCCGAGCUGCUGCAGGGCUCCCCCAGCCCCUCGGGCACGCUGUUCUCCAGGUCCCCCCAGGGCAAUGGCUUCCUGCCCCAAAAAGGGGGACUCAGAGGCAGCUACAGCACCAGUGGCAGCGUGGUUUUCUCGAGCCCACCCGGACCUGCAAGCCCCCGGUCAGCCACCCCGAGCUGCACUGCCUCCCCGACCUGCAGCAAAGCAUCCAAGUGCAUCGCUGUCCCCCAGCAGUGCACGGCCGGCCAGACGGACAGCAUCUCCUACGGCCCCAGGGCUCUCGGCACCUCCCCGGGCUUUGACAAUUUGCUGAAGCCCGUGCACAUGGUGAGGGCCCAGCAGAGGGGCAGCUGGGUCUCCCUGCUCUCCACAAGCCCCGGCUCAGACACCAGUUACAUCCUUGGAAGCAGCACCCACUCGCUCCACAACGACGAUUCGGAUGCUCACCCUGCUGCCCGCUGCUCCGCUGACUGCCCGUCCCCUGCCAGCUCCCUGGGCAGCCCCUGCCCACCUUCCCCGAGCAUCAGAUCUCACUCUGGAGAAGCUUUUGGCCUGAGUCCCCAGCAGCCCAGGGCAGCCUGCUGCACCACGGCCAACACCCCCCCAUCCCAGAAGGGACAGGCCAGCAGCUGUCCCCCCUCCAUCCUCAACUCCGCAGCCGACAUCCCGGUGCUGCUGGUGAACGGGUGCCUGGAACAAGGAGAUGCAUCUUCCAGGCUGGCCAAAGUUCCCCCAGCCUCUGUCAAGCAGAGCCCCCCUCCCAGCUGCAGCCCAGCCUUGAGGCUCGGUGGCCUGAACAACGCGCUGUCGGCACCAGUGCUCUCCUGCGUCUCCGACAGUCCCCUCAGGGCUGGGCAGCCGACCAUGAAGUUUGUGAUGGACACAUCGAAAUACUGGUUCAAGCCGAGCAUAAGCAGGGACCAAGCAAUCCAGCUGCUGAAGGACAAGGAGCCAGGCACAUUCGUUGUGCGCGACAGCACGUCAUACCGCGGGUCUUUCGGACUGGCGAUGAAGGUUCCCGUCUCUCCAUCCGGCAGCCAGACAGGCGAUGAGAGCAGUGAUUUCAUCCGGCACUUCCUCAUCGAGUCAUCUGCCAAAGGGGUGCACUUGAAAGGGGCCAGCGAGGAGCUGUAUUUUGGGAGCCUCUCUGCCUUUGUGUAUCAGCACGCCAUCACCCCACUGGCACUGCCCUGCAAGCUGAGCAUCCCCACCCGAGAUCUUGCUGAUGGAGAAGACAGCCCUGACUGCGCUCCUGAAUCCGCACUAUCCCUGCUGAAGAAAACUGCUGUGUGCAACGUCUUGUACCUCAACUCGGUGAACUUGGAGACGCUCACCGGAGCCCCGGCCAUCCAGAAAGCCGUCUCGUCCACCUUCGAGCUGGAGAUGCUGCCCACACCCACCCUCGUGCACUUCAGAGUGACCGAGCAGGGAGUCACGCUGACCGACAUCCAGAGAAA